CGAGGCUAGGCUAGGCUACCCUUCCUGAGGGGAGGAGGAGGUUGGAGGGGUUAGGGUUCUAGCGCUCUCUGCUUUCUCCCUGCGCCGCCGCCACCGCCGCCGUGGACGACCGGAACGGAGUGGGAGGAGAGGAUGGAAGGAGGUAGCCGCGCGGACGGGCGGAACCCGAACCAGCUCCGGCCGUUCUCCUGCACCGGGAACCCGCUGCACCGCGCCCACGGCUCCGCGCGGUGGGCGCAGGGCGACACCGUCGUUCUGGCCGCCGUGUACGGGCCCAAGCCGGGGACCAGGAAGGGGGAGAACCCUGAGAAGGCCUCCAUCGAGGUCGUGUGGAAGCCCAAGACCGGCCAGAUCGGAAGGCAAGAGAGGGAGUAUGAGAUGACACUCAAGAGGACGUUGCAGAGCAUCUGCUUGCUCACAGUUCAUCCUAACACCACCACCUCUGUCGUGCUUCAGGUUGUGGGUGAUGAUGGCUCUCUUCUGCCAUGUGCAAUUAAUGCUUCCUGUGCUGCCCUUGCAUUUGCUGGAAUUCCUAUGAAACAUCUUGCUGUUGCAAUUUGCUGUGGGGUGAUGGACAAUGGUGCGGUUAUCUUAGAUACUAGCACAGCAGAAGAGCAGCAAGCGAAGUCCUUUGCUCACCUGGUGUUUCCAAACUCACGCAAGUCGGUGGAUUCGAAGGACCCGAUGCAGAAAGACGAGGAGUCUGAGCGAGGAUUGAUAUCUUGCAUCACGCACGGAACGAUGUCUGAGGACAACUACUUCAACUGCAUAGAGAGGGGCAUCGCGGCGUCCUCGAAGAUCUCAGAUUUCAUGAGGAAGACAUUGCAGAAGGAGGCGUCCGGGGAUGCCUGACCUGAGUAGCAGCAAUGUAUUAGCAGGACUGGGAAGGCCCUUGAUGGCAAUGACAACGGCAUGUAGGCAGCAGCUGGGUCUCCAAAUUUGAUGGCAAUGGCUCGUGUUGGAAUGGAGGCAGGCAAUCGUGUUAGUAGGAGAUGCUGGGUUGGGGGAAUUCGUGGGUGUUGGAUUCAUUCGUUGUCCGGUGUCUCUGUGGAACGAUUAGCAAGGUUGUGGUGGAGGCCGGUUGGUCGGCGUGUGAUGUCAUGUCUCAGUCUCACUAGCUAGCUGGAUGGCUUGAUGGAGUUUUUGGGGAUCUGGAACAGCUAACGAGGUUGCAUUGGUACCAUUAUUUGGGCUGAAUAUGUGCAUGAUACCAAGUGUUCUUUUUUUGAAGUCAUAUAUAAUAUGAUGCACGGCAAGCGUGUUGGCUGAAAAAUUUACUAGAA